CACAUCAUAUGAUCACUGACUCACGGUGACUUCCUCGUUAGAAGAAUAAAAGACGCUUCUAGUGUGUUUAUCGUGAUUUCAGCUGCGAUAAAGAGACGCGAAGAUGAUGUGUGGUGGAAGCUCUGAGGUUUUAGAAGCAGAUGAAAAAGUCCAGACGAUCUGUGACGCUAUGAAGCCCCACGCUGAAGCAAAGGCAGGGAAGACCUACGACGUGUUCACAGCCAAGUCGUACAAGACGCAGCCUGUGGCCGGGACCAACUACUUCAUUAAGGUCCAUGUGGGAGCAGAUGAUCAUGUUCAUCUCCGCGUUUACAAAAAACUGCCAUGUCAUGGAGGAACCCUUGAGCUGACUGAGAUACAGCAAGGCAAAAGCCACGACGACGCCGUUGAGUAUUUCUAAAGGAUUCAGAUUCAAGAUUCAAGAUUCAAGAGUUUAUUGUCAUAUAAAAGGGACCACAAUCCAAACAAAGCAUCCCAUCAGUGCCUUCAGGCUGUUCAAUCAACUGAUCUCACAUUACCCCGGCUCUGUAUUAAACAAUGUUACCCUACAUCUAAUUGUAUACUGUCUUAGUAGUGUAGCUCAUGAUGUUAGGAGAAUGUCAACAAAUUUUUGUAUGCCCUGAUUUAAUAAAAGAUAAUUGAAUAAA